AACUAAAUCUUGUGCCAUGAAGGAGAAGAGUAAAAAUGCCGCUCGCACUAGACGUGAAAAGGAAAAUGCAGAAUUCUUCGAAUUGGCCAAAUUAUUACCACUACCAAGUGCAAUUACAUCACAGUUGGACAAAGCAUCCAUCAUAAGAUUAACAACAUCGUAUCUGAAAAUGCGUCAAGUCUUUCCCGAUGGUCUGGGCGAGGCGUGGGGUACUUCACCGGCAAUGCAACGCGGUUCUAUUAAAGAGCUUGGCUCACAUUUGCUGCAGACAUUGGACGGUUUCAUAUUCGUUGUGGCGCCGGAUGGCAAAAUUAUGUACAUUUCGGAAACGGCAUCCGUGCAAUUGGGUCUAAGUCAGGUUGAACUUACUGGCAAUUCGAUAUUUGAAUAUAUCCACACGCACGAUCAGGAGGAAAUGAAUGCGAUUCUCUCGCUGCAUCCUUACAUGUAUCAAAAUCCGGAUGCAUUUAUUAACUCAUUACAUCUAACACAGAGCGGCAAUCCACCCACCGGCAAUGCGAAUGUCAUUGGCAGUCCGAAUGGCAGCUAUGGCAGUGAUCGUGGUUCGCAUACGAUCGAAAUACAAAAAUCCUUCUUCCUGCGCAUGAAAUGCGUGCUGGCGAAACGUAAUGCUGGCCUCACAACGUCCGGUUAUAAGGUCAUUCACUGUUCGGGGUACUUGAAAGCGCGCAUAUUUCCUGAUUAUGGCGAUGGUCAUGGUGGUUGUAUACAAAAUCUGGGCCUUGUUGCUGUUGGUCACUCCCUGCCUUCAUCUGCGAUAACGGAAAUUAAACUGCAUACAAAUAUGUUCAUGUUUCGUGCAUGCAUGGACUUGAAGCUGAUAUUUUUGGAUGCAAGGGUAUCUCAACUGACUGGCUACGAGCCACAAGAUCUCAUAGAAAAAACACUCUACCAAUACAUACACGUUGCGGACAUAGGACCAAUGAGCUGUGCCCACAAUAUUCUGAUAUACAAGGGACAAGUCACCACCAAAUACUAUCGCUUCCUGACAAAGGGUGGCGGCUGGGUCUGGGUACAAUCGUAUGCGACAGUGGUGCACAAUACACGCUCAUCGCGCACACACUGUAUUGUCAGUGUAAAUUAUGUCCUUAGUGAGCAGGAGGCCAAAGACUUGAUUCUCAAUGAAAUCCAAACGGGUGUGGUUAAGAGUGAGCCAAUCACCGCUUCGGCUGCGUUGACGCCAUCUUUGCGUACGACGCGUGCGCCUGCCACUGUCACACACCCGUCGCUCAGCAACGGCCUUGCGGCGGGCGCAUCACCCAGCUGUGCCGCACUCAGCGUAAGUCCUAAACUGGAUCCCUGUUAUGAGAGCGCUAGCGUUCAUCUACCACCCAAUGUGCUCACACCAGUUCUAACUGGCGGCAGCAGCAGCAGCGGUGGUGGCGGCGGCGGCAAUAGUAAUAAUAACAACAAUAAUGCCUACAUGUCGGCACAUCUGAUGCAUGCGCAGCAUACGCAUCCACAUCCGCAUCAUCAUCAACCGCAUCUUCACGCGCAUGAACAGCCACAUUUACAUAUGCAGCAUGCGCAUCAUAUGCAUCACAUACAUCCGCAUCCGCAUGUGCACGCGCACGCCCAUGCCCACGAAGUGCCGCCGCAACACGAUAACCUCACCUAUACGCCGCUCUUCCCGCCGAUCAACGAUCUCGUCGUCAGCUCUUCUUCGGGCAGCGCGCUCGGUCAUGAGAUACAAUACUCGGACACAACCACCGGCGGCGGCGGCGGGUACUACGGCGCUGGUACUGCCAGCACAGUCAACAAUAAUAACAACUCAGGCAGCGAACAUUACUACUAUGAUGCGGCGGUAGAUAUUUCAUCAGCGUCAGCAACAGCAGCACUUAACAGGCCGUACUCCGCGAAUUCCAACAGCUGCUCCAGCAGUUCGGAGAGCGAUCGACAAAUGUCCACGGGCAAUGCGUCGAUAGUGAACGGCACUUCACCGCAGACGACGUACAGCGAGUUGAGUCAUACAUUUGAAUUGCAUUAUUUGUCGGACAGCAGUUCGCAUCAACAGGCGGUUAUGGUGGCGCCGGCCGCGUCGCAACAGCAGCAAUCACAGCAACAUCACCUACAGCUUCUGGAACAUCAUCAGCAUACGCAUCAUCACACGCAACAACACCAGCUGCAACAGCAAGCUUUGGCUGCAAGUCACGUCGCUCCACUGCAACAGGCGCCAGCUCAAUCUCAACCACCGUCACAGACGCAGCAGCAGCAGCAACAGCAACAGCCAGCGCAAAUGGAUCAUCAACCCAUACAUCCACUACAGCCGCAACAGCAACAUAUUUUGGUUGCGCAGCAGCUGCAGCAACAUGACCAGCAACAGCAACCAGAUCAACAACAGCAGGAGCACAUUGCACGCUCCUUCGCGGUCGCCGUGGAGAAGGGCGUCAGUGUGCCGCCACAAUAUACCAGCGUCAUUGUGGAUCCCCAUCAUCACUAUAUACCCAAUGAUUUUGUGCAUUAGCAUUUGCUACUGGUUGGUGCGAUCCGUGGGAUCGUUGAGGUGGUAAAGCACAAGUUGUGCUCUUGUUGUGGGCGUUAUUUGCGUCGGCGCCGCGUCGUUGUGACCAUUUGGCUGGGUCGCAGUACGGUGUUGUUGUUUAGUGUUAUACAUAGUUCUAAUGAAUACAUAAGUAAGUAAGUAAAACGGACUGAGUCACAAAAAAGUUUGUUUAAAAACAAAAAAAACAAAACAAAAAACGAAUAUUCUUAGUUCAAUUCUUUUGUUCAAAACAAACCGUUAUUUCUCUUACCAAAUAGUUCUUAUUAAAAUGUACAUUAGUAGGGGAGAAAACCGCACUUAAGUUUCGAGAUCGCUUUCAGCUCUCUUUAUCUAAUCUAAAUCUAAAAUCGACUGAAAAAAACGUUUCCCGAUGUGGUAAUUCAACUGUUUUGCGAAGAUCUAAGCGACUACGUCUGGAGCGUGAGCAACUUUCUCCAUCGCUUAGGCCAAUUUAUCAAAGGAAAACAAAUUGACUCUGUUAAGCUUAGUUUACGGGUCAGCCGCUCAUCAAAAGUGGCGAAAAUAUGAAGCCAUUGAUCGAUUUUAAUGAGACUUCUUACGAUAGGUUUUUGAGCUUGCUGUCUGUAUGUUUGAAGUCAGAUUUGGAAAACUCAAAGUUGCCGACCCAAUAUGGCGGAUGAUUUAAAAAUAAUUGUUACAUUUUAAUGAAACUUUCUAUUGCCGUCGAAACUAGCCCUAAGUCUUCAAUCAUAAAUGCGACCUUGCGUAUGUACUGAAGUUUCCGGUAUUUCCCUUCGUACUUCGAUUUGGAGCAAAGUAAAAGGACGAAAAAGACAAAAGUUUUUAAAGCGCUACGCUGUAAUAUUCUAUCGAGGUGUUUUUAGGGAAGCUGAUUUCAAAUCUGAAGUUAGUUUCGGCAAAUCUAAAAUGGUGGAUCUUAAAUGGCGGACGAAUAUAAAAAAAAGUUAAUGGCUAUACAAAUUACAGACUUCGACACAACAAAAAAUUUAGUAGAUCUGCAACUUGGCCAGUCCUUUUUUAUAGAGUAAUUGUCUCCAGAAAGCAUAGCUUUACUUGAAUUUCGUACCCACAGGGAGACCAAUCAAUUUGAUACAGACGGCAGUUGUGAUGAUAUUUCAUGAUAUAGUUAUUAACGGUAUUGUCUUCCCGGAGAGUUUUGCUUCACAUCGAAAUUCGUGCUUCGUUAUUUACAUUUUAAAGCAUUUCAAU